GCACGGAGCCUAAGUAUUCUGGAUCAAGUAUGAUAUGUUGACUGCGUCAAUGGUAGCGUCGGCAUAAUAGUCUAUAACUGCUGCCGAUUAACCACAGCCUGUGGAUUUUCUUAACAGACUUCAUUAUUAUACGCCGCGUAUUGUCCUCACGUAAAUCAAAAUACAGAAGGGUUAUUUUCUCCUUCAAAACAUUUUUAUCCGCGCAAUGGGAGAAGACACACUGAAAAAGAUCAUGAUGCGCUGUAUCUGUUGGAUGCAUUAUAAUGCUUAUAAUAGGAGUGCGCGUGUGUUGAUGGCCUGAUUUGACAACACGUCCGCCGGUAAAGAGGUCACUUUGUGAGGAAGCGGUAAAAUGCAAUGAAUCCGAAUAAUUCAGCCAUGCUGUGGAAUGUUCCCUGCACCUAACAUGCAUGGACCUAUCCCGCGGAUCCUAGAACCGACUGCGGAUCCGACGGCUUUUCGCAAUCCUGUCACGCAAAUUUUUCCAGGUGACCUUUACGCCACCUUCCAGUCUCCGAACCAGCAGCCAAAUACGUCAAUAGUCAAUCCUAACCAUCUGUCCGUGCCGCCGCCUUUCGGUGCUCCUUCCUGGCACGUGAGACCAAAAAUUCGGUCUAAUCUUAACGCGACCACACCGCGUUUUCCCCGUAAAUUCAUUCCCUCGCUGACAUACCGCCAAAUUGCGCCUAAUAGUACAGUGCGUCAACGGGCAGUGGGAACCACAAGCAUUGUCCGCUCCGUCAACGGUCUCACCGGGUAUCCGCGCGGCGUUCCCGUAUCGCAUGGCACGUAUCGAUCAGCCAACAGCACGCCCCCCGUACCGGUAUCCGUCGCUCCGGACCAGCAGCUACAAAUUCAACCAUUUCUUUUGGUGACGCAGACGGGAUCUCCAAACGCCAACACACUGAAUCAUCGUUUUGACCGUCGACACUCCGCCCCCAAUAAUUCCUUCCGUGUUGCGCCAUACUUUGUGGAUCUCCAUGUCGCUUCCGGUAGUGUUGUACAGGUGCAUAAUGGCCCGGAGACUCACGUUAUUCAAGGUCCCGCCAGUGUAACCAUCAUGUCCAACUGUUCCAAUCCACCGACUGCCAUUCCCGUCACGGUGCCUCCGGGACAAUAUGUUCAACAAUUGAUUGACGAUCACGGCGUAUUGCGUUCUGUUUAUAUCUCUAAUCAGCCCUAUCCGGAUGGUGCGACACUGGAACCAUUUCAGCAUAGCUAUUAUGUUCCUGCUCAAAUGCAACUGCAGAUGCCUAUACAUGCUGCAAGCUUUCCUGCUCAGUAUCCCGUAUCCCACGCUGUUCCCCUAACUAACGGGAUGCAACAGAACGGUUAUGCCACACAACCGUCGACGGUUUAUCCACCAGAUUAUCAUCAUCACAACUAUAUUCAGCAACCGCAAAAUCCUGCUCUAUUGGAUGACCGUAAUUAUGCUGCCCGUCAAAAGCUAAAAAAGAAAUUCGAACGCAAGCGACCAAUGUACAAUAGUAAUGGUGGCGCGGGUAACAGGCGUUAUAAUCAGGAAUUCGACAAUGACAAUCAAAAGAGCAACGAUAGUGGUGCCGUCCUAUAUGACACGGAGCAUGAGAACGGUGAUACGGAGGGAUGUGGAUCAGUCAGUCCGCCGCCGACCGUUAAUGGGAUGGAAAACGAAGAUGAUGUACUGGCCGCAUUCCUUGGCACAAUCAAACCUGUUAUGGUGGAAAACAUUAAAGCCAAUUCGGUUACCAUAACUUGUACUCCUCUGGAUUUCUCGCUAUUGGAUUAUUCUCAGUUGGAAAAGCAUGCUGAUAUUAAAGAUGGUGAUCUGGAAUAUUUUGUAUGUUGUGGUGAAAGCGUGGAUAAACAGCGGAUAUUCAAUGCGGGUUCGGCGCCUCAGUUGACGUUACAGCUCGUGGAAUUGCGUCCUAAUACGGAGUAUUUAGUCUGUACACAAGUCGGAUAUGGUGAUCUUAAAGGCAAGCAAAGUGAAUCUGUCACUUUUCGCACCGCUAAAUCGCAACCGGAACCACCAGAAGCUCCGCGGCUUGUAGCGCGUACUAAAAACUCUCUCGCCGUCAAAUGGCUGCCGUCACGAUGCGAUAAUGGUGCGAAGAUUCUGCGAUAUAUUGUGGAACAUGAUCAAGGCCAGAACGACGAUAGUAGCUGGAUAGAAUGCUAUCGCGGCAACGAUAAACAGUUAAAGAUAACGAGAUUGCAGCCCAAUACAACGUACAGAAUACGUGUGUACGCGGAGAAUGAGCUGGGCCCCAGUGUGGCGUCACCGAUCCUGGCCUUAUCCACCGCUGGUGUUCCGCCACCCCAGCCAGAACCGCCACGGAUUGUGGAGGUUACGGCACAUCAUGUCGUUUUCGAGUGGACACGCCGGCCGUGUGAUGAUACCUUUGUUUUACAACUGGAAGAUCCAACUUCGGGUCAUGGCUUUCUUACGACCUACAGCGGACCUGAAACGUUCUGCUCGUGUAAAGAUCUGAACCGUGUUACCGACUAUAAAGUGCGAUUGAGUACCGAAAAUUGUGAAGGAGUUAGCCCUUUUAGUAACAUCGUCAGCAUAACUACGCGGCCGGAUUUGCCGCGUGCGCCUUCCAAGCCCUACAUCAAAGGGAAAGCAUCGCCAAAUUCCUUUCGCGUACAAUGGGAUCCGCCCUCGGAUACCGGUGGUGAAAGUAUUAGCCAUUAUGUGGUGGAAUGCACUGGAACAGACGGCUUUCGUCUGGAUCAUAGUGGUCCUGAGUCGCAGCUCCUGGUGUCCAGCGUUGAGCCCGGUGAAACGUACUUCGUACGUGUACAUGCCUGCAACAGUGCCGGGCAGGGCGCCUAUUCUGACGUAUGUAUGGUCCAUACGCCGCCGGUAGCACCAGGUGGCCCAGCUCCUCCUGUCCUCGUGGGAAAACCCAAAGCCACGGGUGUGACAUUGCGUUGGGAUCCUCCCAAGUACACUGGAGGCGAACCCAUAGCCAGUUAUGAAUUAAAGAAAAUUAUUCACUAUGAUGGCUAUUCGCCCGAAAACGACGGUGUCGUAGUGUAUUAUGGUCCAGCCAAGGAGAAUCACGUGGAGGGAUUGAGUGCCGGGAAGGUGUAUUUGUUUUUGGUUCGCGCCUACAACUCCGUGGGGCCCGGUCCAUGGUCGGGAGUGGCUCAAGUGGAAACUGGCGCCGGUCCCCCUGAUGCACCAGAAUCGUUAAGGUUACAAGCCAAGAAUGCCAGCACCAUCAUGGCGGCGUGGAAGGAACCAUGGUCGAACGGUGCACCAGUGACGGAUUACAAAUUAGAAAUGGCUGAAGAAUCUGAUGAACAGUCGUUUUUACCGGUCUAUAACGGUGCCAAAACUAGCCACGAGAUCAAGAACCUAAAACCCAACACCCAGUACUUCUUCCGUCUAGCGGCAUCGAAUGCGGCUGGCCACGGACCAUUCAGUCCGCCGUAUUCCUGUUGGACACCACCUGCAUGUCCCGGCAGUAUCCAGAGCGAUAAGGUGACCCAUCUAGUCUCAGCCACUGCGAUUACUAUAUUUUGGACGCCACCAGAGGAUAACGGCAGUCCGAUAACUGGCUAUAAAGUGGAAUUCGAGCACCAAUUGCGCAUUGUGGACAAGCCUGUACCGCAGUGUCUACUGGAUGGCCUCCAGCCGGAUACUUUGUACAAAAUAAGAAUUCAGGCUACAAACGGUAUUGGCGAUGGCCCAUUUUCUCAGCACAUCCGGAUUAAGACGAAGCCGGUCGUUCCCGACAUUCCCAAGCUGGAAGUGGUUUCAGUCAGCCAUAAUAGUAUUAAGGUUAAAUGGACGAAUGUCGUCAAGAAUAACGUCGAGGUGGAUUAUGUGCUGGAAAUGGCAUUCAACAAAAAGGAUGUUUUCCAGACAGUGUACCGGGGUAGCCAGACGUCUCAUAAGCUAAAUAAAGUACGGGAAGAGACGUUGUAUUUCUUUCGAGUACGCGCCGUGAAUGAGGCAGGUGAUAGCCCUCAAUCGGAAAUUGUCGAAUGUCGCACACCGAAAUCGCCGCCUCCUGCCAUAAAAGUACCGAAAAUCGUUCCGACUGACGAUUGCUGUCAAGUGCAGUGGGUUAGACUUCCUCAGUGUGACGGUGAAGACAUUUCCUAUGUCCUUCAAGUGUCGAAAUCCGGAGGAAGCUUUCUCGAGGUAUACAAAGGCAGUGACAAUUCGUACAAGUUCGGUAAACUGGAGCCGGGCGUGCCAUAUCAGUUUCGAGUGAAACCCGUCCGUGUACUGAGUGAUGCUCGCAGCAUUCCGGGCUCGUGGAGCCCAGUAGCCAAUUACACGUUGCCCUUAGUGUCUUCCGGCGCCGGCGCUACCUCGAAGGAUUCCUCCUCCGUCCCUGGAGUGAACAACUCACCUUCUUCCGUGUCAUUCCCACAGCGAUUAUGGCGUGCCAUCGAUUUGAAAGACGAACGGGUGGCUAUUGCGCUGGCCGGUUUCUGUAUCCUUUGCUGCGUUAUCAUCAUCUCAAGCUACAUUCUCAUGAGUAAUUAAGGCUCUUCCCGCGCGCGCGCUGCUUGAUAUCAGUAUCAUUAUUCUCUCAUGGGAAGGAUGGGAGGUGAGCACGUUCAGGGUGACGAAUGCUUCAGUUAAUCCGCCGCUUUCCGAUCUGUCUGGUACACACACGGGUGCUGCAUGAAGAAAUAGUAUGGUUUUCGACCGUUCGUUGGGAAUCCAAUCAUAGUUUUUUCUCUGUGGUGAUCUAUUUUUCUUACAAAUUUUUUAUGGAAGUUUUUUGUAUUUUUUCCCUGCAAAAUGCGACGUUAUUACGGUUUUUUGUAUGAUGGAAGUCUGGGUUGAUUGCAUUUGCGUUGUGUCGUUGUUGGGGAGAUUGAGGAAAGAGGUUAAUUAUUAUUAACGAAUUAUUUUUUUCUUUGCAUAGCUUUAAUUGAAUUAUUUUUAGUUUGAAAUAAAUUAUUCCGCCGCACCUCUUCUUGUUCUGCGGUUCGUAUUAAAAUCCGGUUUCUGAGGGUGCGGAAAGAUUGUUUCAGCUCGAUGUCGAAAGAUUGUUUGUAUAAAAGUUUUCAGAUGG